AUGGCAGAAACAUCUACCGCGGACAAUGGUCUGUCACCUCACUCUGGCUCAACGUCAAAGCCGGCCAACAACAGCGGCGAUGUCUACGCUUCAACGACGUUUUCCGAACUGUACGAAAACCUCCUCGCCAAAUGCCGCACCAACCCGCCCCUACUUCCACCUGUUGCGCCAUUUGCCAAAACUACCGCAAGAACAAUCCGCGCACCUGAACUCGGCAAAGAGAUCGCCAAUCUCUCGCUUCAUCCUACCCUCGAAGCUGCCCUCCACAUUUUGAAUCUGGACUUACCUUCCGCCCAUUUCCUGCUUCGUCACAUGCAGUGUGAGCCGGCGUGGGAGGGCAUGUUCCUGCACGGGAUCCUGCACCGUGUCGAAGGAGACUACGAUAACGCGCGAGCUUGGUACCGGGAUGUGAAAGACAGUGAGGUGUUCACGUAUGCGUGGGGCAAGUCCUCUGAGUCUGAAUCGGAGUCCAGGCCGGCAAAGUCGACGAAUGGGAUCGACGCAGCUCUGGGCUUGAUAGCUGACAUUCAGUCCUUGAACGAGACCGGUAAAGGCGACCGAGAGGAACUGGAAAGCAGGAGUCUUGAUGAGAUUCGAGCUGUUGUCGCAUUCUGUGCGAAGAGAUUUGGGGUGCAGAGCGUGGCAGAUGCGAGAGAAGCCUGGACCAGGAAUGAAGGGAAGAUUGACGACAAAGCACAAGCCAUGGUCGUUGCGGCACCUUUCAAGCCGUUAUCUGUCAGUGUCAGUGUCAGUGUCAGCGUCAGUAUCGGUAUCGGUAUCAUUAUCAGAAGACGAGGCGGUGAGAUGGCUGUCAACGAAUCAGAAUCAGAAGCUACUGGGUAUAUCACCAAAACUAUGUGUCGGAACGAGCAGGGCAUGUGGCAGAUCGAGCCCAAGUUCCACCCGCUCUCGGAUUUGUCACUUCACCCGCUUUAUAGAUGA